AUGAAUGAUCAAACGAAUAGAAGUGUUGCCAUAGAUAACUUGCUUCAAAACCUGGGUCUGAAAAUUGCAGAGUAUGUGAAAUCAAACAUAGAACCUGGACAUAUUACAACCCCAGCUUUUAAUCCAACAAAAAGACGGCAUUCAAAAUCAUCUCGAGCACAAAGUACCAAGCCAUGUGCAAUGACUUCUACGAAGCAACUUCCAUCUUCCCCUCUGAAACCGACUAAAAUUCAAUCACCGGUUCCAGCUAUGAUGCUAACUCCAGUUCCAAUGCCAGUGGAAGAGUCAGAAAGAAUACAAUCUAUCGUUCCAAUUCUCAAGACAUCUUCGAGUAAAGUAUCAACUAUCAUGUCACCUAAAGUUGUGAAGUCAGUUAAAUUUGCAAAGUCAAAAAGCGCUCCUCCUAUUCCUGAUCCAUCUAUAGAACAAAUUGAAGAACUCGAAAAAUGUCUUAUUACCAUAGCUCAGUAUAUAAAUCCAAACCUCGGUGACUGUCUAGAAACAUGCGUUGAUCAAAAUUAUGAAAUCUAA